CCCCGGCCGCAAUGCAUUGUAUGAACACCACCCGAUCCAGGAAAUGCACUCUCACAAUCGUCUCUGAUGCUGAGACUACCUCACUCGUGAGUAUAUCGAACUCGAUGGCUUCACCCAAGACGCCCUGUUUUUGCUGGAGACACUUGAGGAUAGCAAGUUUCCACGUGUUCACAUCGGCCUGUUCCGUUCCUGUUCUGUCGUACUGGUGUUAGUAGCUCAAUUCCGAAAAGCAUAUAAAAAUGAGUGUGAUGAAAACUUACAUUUGCAACCGCACAUAGUACCACUCUCUGUGUUUGCUUUUCAGCACCCAUUCAUCACUGUUCAUGCCUCUGUUUGUCUGCAC